AUGAUCCGCACGUGUGCCCAGUCGACUCUGAGGGCUUCCUCCCGCCUUAGCGCCAUUUCGCCCCGCUUGUUUUUGAGAGCACAGUCGUCGAACGCGCUCACCAAGACCCAGCCUCCUUUCACGUUCUCCAAGUCUGGCCCUUCGUCUGUCAAAUACACUUCGCAACACGAGUGGAUUGCUGCACACCAGGAUGGCACCGCUUUCGUAGGCAUUACCAAGUACGCGGCGGACGCGCUGGGCGACGCGACAUACAUAGAGCUGCCUGAGGCAGACUCGGAGUUGGAAGCAGGCGACUCUUUAGGGUCAGUCGAGUCCGUGAAGUCUGCGUCUGAGGUGUACCAGCCGCUGGCAGGCACGGUCUUGGAGGGCAACGAGUCUUUGAACGACACACCACAGCUGAUCAACGAAGACCCCAUGGGUGAGGGGUGGAUCGCGAAGGUUAGGCUGAACGACUUGGCCGACAUGAACGGGGAGGAGCUCAUGUCUUUGGAGCAGUAUGAAGAGUCUCUAAAAGAAGAUCACUAG